AUGGUUCCCCAGACUCAGAAACAAUGGGUAGUUCGCGGCAGCAAUGGCUUUGACUCCUUGGAAUUCCAGACAGAAUGUCCGAUUCCGUCCAUCGGCGAUCUAGAUGUCUUAAUUCAAAUUCACGCUGUCUCGCUUAACUUCCGCGACCUCAUCAUCACCAAGGGACUGUACCCUUUCCCGCUAAAGGACGGCCUAGUGCCCUUGUCCGAUGGAGCUGGCAUCGUUGUCGCCGUGGGCUCUCGUGUAAGCCGUUUUACUGUCGGCGACCGGGUUGCAACUUUGUUCCACCAGCACCGCCUCGCAGGGCCCCUCGACUCUAGAGGCCUGCAUAGUAGUCUAGGGGGCGCUUAUGAUGGCGUACUACGAGAGUAUGCAGCAUUUUCGGAGGAGGGCCUUGUUAGUGUUCCAGGCAAUUUGAGCUUGCUUGAGGCUGCGUCUUUGCCAUGUGCUGCCCUGACAGCCUGGAGUGCCCUUUAUGGGCUUGAGGGCCGGGCAUUGAAGCCAGGCGAUGUCGUCCUCACUGAAGGUACAGGCGGUGUCAGCAGCUUUGCUGUCCAGUUUGCCAAAGCAGCCGGUGCCAAAGUCGUUUCAACAACUUCGACAGCUGACAAGGCAGAAAGGCUCAAGGAACUGGGUGCAGACCACGUCAUCAACUACAAUGAGAACCCCAAUUGGGGGCAGAUAGCAAAGAACUUGACACCCAAUAACGAAGGCGUUUCCAUCGUCGUCGAGGUUGGGGGGCCGUCAACUGCUAGAGAGGCGCUCGAUGCUGUGAAGCGCGAAGGGCUGAUCUCAAUGGUGGGCUCCAUAGGCAGCUUUACUUCGCCCGGAAGCGAUGCGAAGGCGCCGACUUUUCUUGACGCCAUCUACAGCUCUUGCACGGUACGGGCUGUCGCUGUUGGUUCAAGACUUCAGUUCGAGGAAAUGAACCGUGCCAUCGAAGCAAAUGAUAUUCACCCCGUCCUGGAUGAGCGCGUCUUCGAGCUGGAUCAGGCGCGAGAGGCCUACCAGUAUCUCUGGGAUCAGAAGCAUUUUGGCAAGGUCGUUCUGAGAAUUGUCCACUAG